AUGAAUACACACGUGCGCUUAGAAAUAUCGUUGCAACGAGCCGUAAGUCCAUUGGUAGUGACUCUUUACCCAGGCGAUAAACUAAAAGUUAGAACUUUAUAUUUGCAGAAAUUAUUGUCGCUGAUUGAAAGUUCGAACAAAAGAAUUUUACACCAAAAGGAGAAUGUUCCACCCGAGCUUAUACAAGGCUAUCAAAAUGCUGAUAAGCAAAAAAACGUUCAAACUCAAAUCACUUCUGCUACAGCAAAAAGUGCUAUGAAUUCAACACACAAAUUGAUGGGGCAACAACUAUCUGCUAAUAACAUAUCUGCUAUAUACGAUAGUGAUAUUAUUGAACAAGAAAUAAUAAAAGACUGUAAAAGAACACUUUUCAAUGAACCAAAAGUAUGCCCAACGAUAUUAUUUAUCAGUCCAGAAGAAUUUAAUAAAGUGCCUAAAUACAUUAUUGGGAGACAAACUUUGGAGACAAUUAAUAAUUUGAUAAGUGAUAUAAAUAAUACGCUAAUUACAAAGUAUACGAUCUUAUCAUUGGGGAAGGCUGCUGCUCAAAAGAGAGGCGAAAUUAAUCUGUAUCUACAGUAUAAAAAACAAGAGUAUAAUAUUAAAGAAGAAAAAGAAUUUCCAUCCGAGAUUUAA